CCUAUAAUGAUUACAUUCCUUUGCUGAUCUGUCUCGAUUAUUCUCUCCCUUGACCAUCCAGUAUUCAAUGUCGAGCUCACGCAAUCCCUCUAACAAUCCAAAUGCGCCCCGCGAUGGCGAUGCCCCACCAACACAACAGCCGCCUCGGUACUCAGAGCAAGAUGCGAUAGAACUUCGCGACAACGCGCCUGAGAGCGCAUCGCGAUCAAACCCACGGCCAGCUAAUACGUCAUCGUCCCAAACAUCAACUAUAAAGCCUGAGGCUUCAGAUUAUGUAGGCUCAUAUCGCCCAUCCAAUGCGCAAGCACACAUCUCUUCCGCUUCAAAUACCCACCAUGGCUUCGACCCAAGUCAGGUCGACGAACAUGCGGCGCCAAUUCCCGACCUACCUCCCCCCGCCUACACCGAAUUACCAGGCCAAAUAUCGGGCGAGAACAACGACCUAGGCACAAACGCAAUAGUCGCAGAAGAUGGCCGAGUCAACAUUCGAAUUGAUCAAAAGAGUCGCUCGCUCACGCAGCUCAUUGUCCCACAAAUCCAGCGCCAACUCACACAGGUACAGCAAGAGCCUGCGCCUCCUCCACCAUACAUCCCAGAAUUCCUAGGCGGCGCGCCGGGCCAGAACCCUCCUCCGCCUCUGAAUCUCGUCAUACAAGUAGUUGGGUCUCGAGGCGAUGUUCAGCCUUUCGUUGCACUGGGGAAAGUGCUGAAGGAGACGUACAAUCACAGAGUACGGCUGGCAACACAUCCCACAUUCAAGGACUUUGUCAUUGAGAACGGGCUCGAGUUUUUCAGUAUCGGUGGCGACCCUGCCGAGCUUAUGGCUUUCAUGGUCAAGAACCCUGGCUUGAUGCCUGGAUUUGACACUAUGCGAAGCGGUGACAUUGGUAAGAGGAGGAAAGGAAUUGCAGAAAUUCUACGCGGAACGUGGAGGUCAUGCAUUGAGACUGGCAAUGGUCUUGGUGUGGAUCCUCUGGAGCAGACUGUAGAGGAAUGGAUGGGCGUCGAAGACCAGUUGCCUGAACAGUUGAAGAAGCCCUUCGUUGCCGACGCAAUCAUCGCAAACCCUCCAGCUUUUGGGCAUAUUCAUUGUGCAGAGAAGCUGGGAAUACCACUUCAUAUGAUGUUCACAAUGCCCUGGUCGCCCACACAGCAGUUUCCCCAUCCGCUCGCAAACAUUCAGUCCUCGAACGCAGAUGCAUCCAUAACGAACUAUAUAUCAUACCUCAUGGUGGAUUUAUUGACGUGGCAGGGAUUGGGAGAUGUCAUCAAUAAAUUCCGUAAGGAAAGUCUUCACCUAGACCCUAUCAGCAUCAUUUGGGGUCCGGCCAUGCUUGCGCGGCUCAAGAUUCCGUUCACAUACUGUUGGUCACCUGCGCUCAUCCCAAAACCAAAAGACUGGGGUCAUAACAUCUCAGUUGCUGGCUUCUACUUUCUCGACCUGGCGCAGAACUACACUCCAGAACCGGCUCUUGCGGCUUUCCUAGACGCUGGAGAACCGCCUGUCUACAUUGGGUUUGGAUCUAUUGUAGUGGACGACCCAAAUGCAAUGACUACAAUGAUCUUCGAAGCCGUGAAGAAGACCGGAAAACGAGCGUUAGUCUCAAAAGGUUGGGGCGGUCUUGGAGCAGAUGAACUCGGUAUUCCUGAAGGCGUUUUCAUGCUUGGAAAUUGUCCUCACGAUUGGCUGUUCAAGCGCGUCUCCGCUGUGGUCCAUCAUGGUGGUGCUGGCACUACAGCCGCAGGAAUCGCCGCUGGACGACCGACAGUUGUAGUGCCAUUCUUUGGUGAUCAGCCAUUCUGGGGCGCGAUGGUUGCGAAAGCCGGCGCCGGACCGGAUCCUAUCCCUUACAAAGAUCUCAACUCAGAGAAGCUGGCAGGAGCUAUCACAGAGGCUCUCCGUCCCGAAUCAUUAAAUCGAGCGCAAGAAUUGUGCGACAAGAUCAAGCAGGAAGAAGGAAGUCAGGUGGGUGCUCAAGCCUUCCAUCAGAUGCUCAAAUACGAUGAGCUGCGAUGCGCAGUCGCGCCGAGUUUGCCAGCUGUAUGGAGGGUCAAACGAACACAGACCAAAUUGAGCGCCAGAGCUGCAACGAUACUUGCUCAGGAAGGUGAACUGGACUUUGCUGACUUGAAACUUUUUCAAUCUCGUGAAUACGAGAUAGAUGGUGGUUCAGUCGAUCCAAUUUCUGGAGGAGCAACGGCGAUAAUGGGUACUGCGACGUCAAUCAUGAUGGGUGUCGCCGACAUGCCCAUUCAAACGCUAAAGUUACUCAACAUCCAUCCCGACGCUUCUGGCUCAGGAAAGGGCAAAGGCAAAGCUGCAGGUGCUGAUGCUCCGUCAAUCGGAGAGUCAAGCCGCACUGGUCGUCCAGAAGCUGCUAGAGCUUCAACAGGUACUACUGAUACAUCUGUUACAAGCGGUGCCAGCACACCGACAGCAGUACACACUCCUGGCGUACCUGGCAGUCAUGCUCGAAGCAACUCGGAUCUUACAGAAGUGACAAGCCCAGGUACCUAUGGAACGCCUUCCCAUAGAUCAAGCUUUAUGUCUCAAGCGUUCGCCGCUUCGACUGGUCGCUCAUCUUCACCAUCCGGAGAUCGCCUCAGCCACAAAGAUCAAGCGGGUUCGAUAUCGGGUACAGAGGCGCGCACUAAUAGCGGGUCGACAUCGGGGUUCUCGGCAAACAUGAAGACUGCUUUCGAAACAGGCAAUGUAGAGACUGCUCGUGAUACAGGAAAGGGGCUCGCUAGAAUUGUCGGCGCAGGCUUCAAGUCACCAAUGGACUUUUCUUUGAAUGUCGCACAAGGUUUCAAUAAUGUACCGAAGCUCUAUGGAGCAGAUGUUAGACCGGCAGAUAAGGUCACUGAUUUCCAAAGCGGGAUCAGAGCAGCGGCGAAGGGUUUUGGGUUCGGACUAUAUGAUGGCAUUGCCGGCCUUGUUACGGAUCCUUACAAAGGCGCCAAAAAAGAAGGUGGCGUCGGGUUUGUCAAAGGCGUCGGUCGCGGCAUCUUUAGCGUGCCCUUUCGCGUCAUGGGAGGUGCCUGGGCUGUGCCUGGUUAUGCAAUGAAAGGUCUGUAUCAGGAAAUGAUCAAGAGUAAAGGAAAGACCAUCACGAACUACAUCGUUGCAGCACGCAUUGCGCAAGGAUACGAUGAAGCACUAUCGGUCUCUCCGACGGAAAGAGCAGCAAUCGUCAACAAAUGGAAGUACGUCAAGGUCGGUAUGAAGAAAAAGAAGAAUCCAGGAGGGGAACAACUUGACUCGCUGCACGCGCUUGUCAAUGAUAAGAGGCAGAGGAAGGAUGAUCGAUGGCAGAGAGUUAACUCGCAAUCCCAGCGUCCCGAUACCCAUCCCACAUCUCCACCUGCUACAGUAGAGUAUGCAAGUCCUCAAAGUUCAACUACCAUCCCGGCAUGGAGACAAGCCGAACUCGGGCUUCGAUCGAAUUCAAGCGUAUCCUCAACUUCGACGCCUCAGCACGCAGCUACUUUCCCUCGCACAGGGAACGCACAAACCGAGCAAUCCCAGCUUGCACUAGAAGGCCAGCUCAUCGCGGAAGAAGAAGCCGAACGACGCGAGAUUGAAGCCGCCAUCGCAGCGUCAGUUGCCGAAUCUUCACGAGGAAACGCGGAAGAGGACCAGUUGAUGGCACAAGCUAUCCGGGCCUCGAUCGCGGAACUCGAAAAUGUACCAGCCAAUGCAGGACCUACCGACGAAGAGGAAGCUCUGCAGCGUGCAAUGAAUGCCAGCCUUGAAGAAGCUAGACGCAGUGGGCGUACGGAGGAUGAACAACGCACUCUUGAAGAGACGCUCCGCAAGUCUAUUCUCGAUACUUCGCGCCGUCGACAACAUGGUUCGGAAUCAGAAUGGGGAUCUAGUGAUGACGAAGACGACGCGGAUCUGCGACGAAUUCUUGCAGAGUCUAAGGAGCUCGCGCACUUGCAUCAGGACUUCCCGCCGGAAUACCAGGCCGCUGUUGCAGCACAACAGGGUGGCACUGCGGAAAACCAACGAGGUAAUGUCAUCGGAGCUCAGCAAAGCGGUGUACUUGGCGGGACGCAUGAGCACUCUGAGUCGCACGAUGAUGAGGAUGCAGAGCUCAAGAAAGUACUCGAGGAGAGCGAACGCGAGGAGAAAGACCGGGCGGAGAGUUUGCAGAAACAGAUGACCGAAGAGGAUAUUGUGAUGGAGUAUGUGAGGAAGCAGAGCUUGCUGGAGGAGCAGCACAGGCAACGGGUACUACAGGGGAGAGAUACGGCGGGUGAGAGCUCGGGUGCUGGAGCGGGACGAUGA